AUGGCUGCUCCUCAGACUGACGAAGAGCUGCUGAAGGAUGAGUUCGAAGCAUGUCUCACGCUGAAAGAAACUGGUUGUGAUUCGUCGAAGGGGGCGUGGUUUGCCGAUUGCUCUGUGUCUCUGGGGGCAGUGUUCUUAACCAGUAUUCAUGAUAUCAGCAUCGUUGACGGCCUUCAGGAUGGUGAAAUGCUUGACAUACAAUGGUUCUUGGAGUUCUACGCUGUCAAAGACCCAUAUCAGGCUGGACGAGCGACGAAGGCGAGGGCAGCACUGCGAAGAUGUGAAAUUUCUUUGCUGUCCUCUCUUAGACCAGCGUUUGAGGCUCUAUCGAAAGCGGCACCGGCUGAGAAUACUAAACUGAGGGUCACUCUUACGAUUAGAGCUUCUGGAGACGAUUCGACCUUUCAUUCGCUCCUCUGGGAGACCUUGGAGAGACAAGAACAGUAUCAGUCUCACCAUCUUUGCAUCAGUGUCGUGCGAUAUGUUGAAAGCAAUCCGGAUCCGCCUUCAAUACAAUUUGCACCCGCCAGAAAUAUCCUGCUCCUUACUGCUAGGCCCGACCAAAUGAUGGAUCAGAAGUAUAACUUGAUCACAAAGCCAAUAAGCCACCUCUUAUGGACGACACCAAACACCUCUACUCGGCAAAUAUUGCAUUUUGCACGACCUGGCACCUUCAAUGAACUACAACGGAGACUGGAGGGGGAGGGUAAAGGAUAUUUCUCGCUCGUUCACCUCGAUGUACACGGUGUCGUCAAGAAUGGAAGACCUUACGUUCUACUUGCAAGUGCUGACAUACAUCGCAAGAGUAAGCGUGUGAGUCCCAUUGACUUAGCGGCACUACUUAUAGAACACGGCGUACGGACUCUCUUCCUUAACGCAUGCAGCUCCGCGUUCUCUCGUGGCACUGUCCUCCAGAAUUUUGCCUACCAAGUCGCCUCAGCAGGCAUCCCCGCGGUACUAGCAAUGUCAUUUGCCGUUCUCUCAGACUCAGCAACAAAGGUCAUGGAAGAGAUCUACUCGCACUUUAUUGUAUCUAACGAGUCCUUGCUCGAGUCCGUCCGAAAGUCCAGACACACCCUCAGAGCCACUUCUCUGCGUAAAACUAACAUCCACAAAAAAGAAGUGGAGGUUGACGAUUUUCUUAAUCCAGUGCUGUAUCAAUCCACCACUAACAGGGUGUAUUUCCCACGGCAAAGCGAGUGCGCGAUUGCACAGGCCGAGACCGAAGAAGUGUUACCCAUCAACUCUGCAGCCCAUGCAGGCACCUUCGUCAACAAAAAUUACUGCUGGCCAUCGGAGAGAGAUGCAGAACAGUUGGCUAUGGAACAAGCACUGUCAGUGUCCCGAACUGUACUAUUGCAAGGGCCGUCCGGUAUUGGAAAGACCGCAAUGGCAGGAUGGUUUGCUGCUUGGUGGACCUACACGAAAUUUGUCGAAGGCUGCUAUUAUUUCGAUUGCCUCCGGAGACCGGAUAUGUUAUGGCCGGAUGGCAAACUAUGGGCAGGCAUAGCAGCCCUGAGGCAUGCAGACUACUCAGGAGAUCCUGGACAAUUCCUUUCGCGCAAGCUACUGAUUGUAAUCGAUAAUUUCGAGAUUGGACUCGAUGAGUUUGGCACAGUCGGUGAGUCAUUCGCUCCCUUUGUUGAGUCAUUUCGAUCGAGAGGCUCGAACUGCUUUCUACUACUCCUUUCUAGGAGUCCGCCGCUGUUUGCAACGAGGCUUCCCUAUCAUACUUUACGUCGUGAGUUUCUUCCUGCUCUGGGAGAGGAAGCGAGCCGAGAUUUACUCCUAGGUGUCAAUGCUCAGAAAGAUGAUGAAGACGGGACUCAAGAACCAGAGGCUAGUGACGCCAAUGUUGCGACUCCUGGCUCUGAAGAGCCUAAUGAUUCCGGAAACAAUACCGCGUUCGAACCUGGCUCUCACGUCGCUGCCGGUAGUGGACGCUCCUCUCAAUCUGGUGAUGUUGUCGAUCAAUCUCUGACCACCGUCGGAGUGUACAAGGCUGGGUCCGCAGUCAGCGUCACAGAAGGCCCCGAAACAUUCCCUCGCUCUUCACUAGGAGUGCAAAUGCGCGCAAUGAUGGAUUUCCUGAAUUGGAAUCCUUUUCUACUGAUCACUGUUGGGCAUCCACUGCUCAUGCGCAACUGGCCGGUGUGUUGGGUGGAAGCCCUCAGGACCGGUCUGCCUGCUCCAGCCUCUGAAGCCCUACAACGCAUUUUGCAGCAAGUCCCUUCAAUUCUCGAAGACGCAACCUCGAGGCUUCAUUGGAUCGGCGACGAUCUCUAUCUACUGGCUCCAAUUAUUUCAGGAUCCAUGUUGUCAGUCUUCGGAUUCUUUCAGCUAUUCCAUAAAGAGCAUCCACUGGCUACUAUCAUGCUCCUCAGCCUCUCAUUAUUUCGUAAACGGGUGCCCCGUAGGGCGUGGAAAAUGUGGUUCCAGUUUUUGCAUUCCACUGGAUUGUCGGCCAUGUACCAGCAGAACCCUUUUGUCAAACCAUUGCAUCCCAAAACCUUCGAUAAUUACGACUACGAGGAGAUUAUGAUCGUCAAUCCGGAGUGGAUUGUGUCGUUUGGAGAAUGCGCCAGAAUGCUGGCCGUCACAGGACUUGGCGAAAUCGUCGAUCAAGAGGACGAUGAGCUGGAGCCACCAGAGAUUCUACGACUGGCAGACAUCCUCCCAUUCAUACUUCGAGCAAAGCUGCAUCAGGAGGAGAAAACAUUCCACCGAAAUUUGAUGACGAAAGUACAGGAGGCCUUUGUCCUUUUUUACGAAUGCCGACUACGGGCAUUCGCCAGAGAAUCGAAGGAUACGUUUCUCACAGAAAUAGAUCAAGACUUCGACAACAUCGUCACAGCGGCAUACACUUACGUCCUUCAUCCCCAUUAUGGUCUUGCCGAGAGUGCCAUCCUUGACGGUCUAAUUAUGGCUAAACCACAGGGGCACGAUUCCAUGAUCCAGCAGAAAACUCUCUUCCAUUGCCUGAAAGCACUUUUGGAAGUUGCAGUGUCGUACUGUGCAAGGAGGCAACUCCAUGAGAGUCCAUCACAGACACUCAGGACAGGCACAGGGUAUUUGAUUGACAAAGACGGCACUCCAGAGACCAUGAUAUUCUAUUGGUCCUGGUAUUGCAUGCGCAUGAUGAUCCGUAUAUUUGAUGAAGGAGAUCUUCACCGCGAUGAGAUCAAAUACGCUACCGAUGCUGUCUGUCAAGCACUCAACGAGUUCAGCAAUGUUCUCCCCCAAGCCGCGUUCCUACCCAUCUUCUCGUAUUGCAUCAAAUGCCUACAGACGGUCUUUCAAGAUCCCGUCGACCUGGAGACAUUGAAUGCCCUCCUGAAAGUUGAGGCCCCCUCGCUGACAGAUAACCGGAUUCUAUCGUGCUAUCGAAGGGGCAAGAUACAAGUGAUCGAACAGUACUACAAGCGGUUAGUACGUAUGUCGAGCAACAAGAAGAUGUACAUGUCAGAGAACCAGGAGAACUCGGUUUUCUAUGGGAUCCCUUUUGACGGUCGAAGCGGAUUCAUUAGCCAGAAAACGUUCGAAGAGUGGGGUAAGAUCGGGUUGAGAUGGGCAGUGGAGCCAGGAGAACCAUUCACAAUGAUGAGCGCUGCCCUGGACGGCACGAUCGAGCUGAGCGAAGUCGCUGAUUACUACAACGCGAGACUUGCACUGGGGCUCUCUAACCCUGGUCCAGACAUGACUCCCGAGCUUCGUUCUCACUACCUUAAACUCCUCGAACUCUCUAAGUCGUCGAGAUUGCCUGGUGCUGACUCCUGGACUGGACCCCUGAAAGAGUUAUUGUUCAAAGCCGCAGUCACUGACUGCGACUUGCACACGGCGCAGAUUUUACAUCAAGAGCUGACAGAAUUACAUAAUGAUCCGCACUCAGACUGGCGAAUGGUCCCAGAAGAAGAGGCUUCCAAACUUUGGGAUAUAGGCCAGCUUGUGUUGGCCAAGUCAUCUGACGGCAAAGAAAGCGAAGCUUCAGAAACAGCAACGGAUGGUCCUCGCUUUGCGGAAGCCAAGGUAUACUUCUCACAAGCUGUGGAUGUCAUCAGACCACGUCAAGGUUACAAUGCCCGUCUUCUUGAGAAGAAGAUCUGUGAAAGUCUUUUUGAAAUCGAGCAGAAGAUUGGGUCUGAGCUAUCCUGGUACGUGCACAUGGCGAGGGUCGCCCAGAUGGAGCAUCUGCUCUGGCAAGAUGAUCUCAUUAUCCGCCCUUACAUGGAGGAGGGGGUUUUCCUGGCACACACUGUAGGAUGGUGGUCCCCACUAGGCACACGGAAGGUGAUUGAUGAUGCUCUGAGCAGCCUCAAUGGCUGGACGAGCAGUCAGUGCGGCCAACUCUUAGGUCAACUAGUCGCUGUGGAGGUAGCGGGGUGCCUGCUCAGCGAGACUGGUGAGCGAUGUGAAGAAGUGGCACACAUCCUCUAUCAAGAGGGCCAAGACAUCCUUCUCAAUCCGCACGGGAGGAUGCGCUUGGUUCAGCAAUUCCCGUUGAAGUAUCCACCCUUGACAAAAGAAGACGACAAUCUGGGUACUUUGACUUUCUGGCAGCCCACUGCGUCCUCUGUCGCUGACGAUCCCAAGGCAUCUGACGCAGAUACCCCUUCGCAGAGCACAGCCGACCACGCCUCCUGGAAGAUCAAUACAGAUGCUUUGGUCCAUCUCACUCGCAACUCCAAACCGGUAACUGACGAGCUUCAGGAGACCUAUCUGCAGCUCGUUGAGCUGAUGCCCCACUUGGACAUCAGCGUCGAGACAUCAGGCCAACCGCCACUUACGGAGGGCGAGGCCAGCGCUCCCGCGGUCGCUGGACAGUCCUGGGCGUCUGUCAAAGAUGGCUGA